GUGUGUGUGUUUUCUUUUGUUUUUGCGAUUUUUGAACCUCUCACUGCGUUGUUAUGUUUGGCAUUAAACGCGUACAACUGAUUCGAUCACCUACCUACCUUAAGCAUUGGAUUUGUGCUGGAUUAGCAUAAUACUCUACUUAUACGCCAAAUAAUUCGUGUCGGAAUAAGAAUCUGAUUUUGCUAUGCAAACGGCUUAUGGUCGUAAUUGUGUGGUGUUUACUAAUCAGAAAGUAAAUGUGCUAAAAAUGUGAAAUCAACAACAAAAGACAACGUUUGAGAUUUAGUUUGUUACUGGAAAUAAAAGCAAACAAAAAAAUCUCAAAGUAAAGUGAAAAGCUAACAAAUCUAAGUAAAAAUCAAACCGCGUGACUUCUAUUAUUUUAUAAAGUACUUCUUUGUACGAUAUCUUAAAUAUUCUACUAUUGACUUUUGGUGCCCAUUUGCUUACUUCUAUUUAUUUACUCUAUUUGUUGUGUGUUGCAUGCGAACUUUAAGUAUCACUUUGUUGUGCCCUCCAUUUUCUCUUCCCUGCCAGCCGCGCGAGUCUGCUUGUCGCUGAUUUUAAGUUCCUAGCUGGCUGUCGCUUAGCGUUUUGGCUUGAGUCGCGCGAAUUGUGAUUUUUAUUGAUUUUCGCCAACGUAUUUAUGGUGGUUAUUUGUGCAAAAAACGCGUUCUAGUUUUUUUUUUUUCAAUAUGUGGAUUUUUGUGCCUUCAGCAAAGUGCUCUGACUCUUUUCAUAAAUAAUUAAAUCUUCGCUUAGUGAGUUGCAAUCCAACAGCGAUACUUGAAUGCAAUGCAGUCAUGAGUGGAAUAAUAGCCGGUGAGAGUGUUGUAUAUCCGGGGGAAGUAAAAAACAGUGGGAAUCGAGUGACAAAAAUCUGAGUAUGUUAUGUAUCAAAGAAUAGCAAGUAAUUGUUUUGUGCGGGGAAUUUCGAUCCUUAUAGCUGAGCCGGCUUCUGCAUGACUAAGUGCAAUCUAGGAGACUCUGUUUUCGAAACAUCAAAUGUUAAACGAGUUAUUUCUACAAGUUGGCGUAAAUUAAUCGUUCAAUUUGUUUUUGAAUAACUUUCUUACUAAAUAAAAAAAAAUUAUUUUGAGUGAUGAAAAUAUGAAGCAGCAAAUGCUCAGACUUCUUUGUACAAGUUAUGCUGCCCCACUUGAAGAGGACUUUCACGCCAAACCAACAGCUCGCACUCAUUGAUAUGCCGCCGAAUGCACCUAUUUUGUGACAAAACGAGUCAAAUUUUAAAUGCAACUGCAAAAAAAGCUCAAAUAGUAUAUUCUAAAACGUAAAUUAAUAUAAAAUAACCAAUUGCGAUAAUUAAGAAACCAGAAGUGCGAAAAAAUGACAGUAACCUAUACAGCAGAGGUGGCAACCUGUCGAGGUUUUGGCUGCUUUCUUAAAUUACUGCGAAGAUGGCGCGGCAGUAUCUAUAAGUUGGUGUGGCUCGAUCUCAUCGCAUUUCUCUUUCUCUACUACGUACUUAGUAUAGUGUAUCGUUUUGUUUUAAAUGAGUACCAGAAGCAAGUAUUCGAGGGCGUUGCAAAAUAUUGCUACAACUACAGUGAUCUUAUACCGCUGUCGUUUGUGCUGGGUUUCUAUGUAUCGAUAGUGAUGACACGUUGGUGGAACCAAUACACCAGCAUACCAUGGCCCGAUCCGAUUGCCGUUUUCGUUAGCGCCAAUGUGCACGGGCAGGACGAACGCGGACGUGUGAUGCGUCGCACAAUUAUGCGAUAUGUCUGCCUCUGCUUGACGAUGGUGCUGAUCAAUGUGUCGCCGCGUGUUAAAAAACGCUUCCCAGGCCUGACACAUCUCGUCGAUGCCGGUCUCUUGAAUGACAACGAGAAGUCGAUUAUCGAAAGUAUGAAUAAGGGUUUUCCGCGGCACUCCAAACAUUGGCUACCCAUCGUAUGGGCGGCAAGUAUUGUAACGCGGGCCCGCAAGGAGGGGCGUAUACGUGACGAUUUUGCGGUGAAAACGAUUAUCGACGAGUUGAAUAAGUUUCGUGGUCAAUGCGGUUUACUAAUAUCGUACGAUACGAUUAGUGUGCCGCUUGUGUACACGCAAGUGGUGACAUUGGCGGUAUAUUCGUUUUUUCUCUGCUCGGUUAUGGGUCAACAAUGGACAGAGGAUAAGGAGGCUUUCCAAAAGAUUGACUUAUAUUUUCCAGUAUUUACAACGCUACAAUUUUUCUUCUACAUGGGUUGGCUGAAAGUGGCUGAAUCGCUGAUAAAUCCUUUCGGUGAAGAUGACGAUGACUUUGAGGUCAACUGGAUGGUGGAUCGCAAUCUGCAGGUGUCCUACCUAAUAGUCGACGAAAUGCAUCACGAUCAUCCGGAACUAAUCAAAGAUCAGUACUGGGAUGAGGUAUUCCCCAAUGAAUUGCCAUAUACCGUGGCGUCAGAACGUUUCCGCGAGGAGCAUCCCGAACCAUCAACCGCUAAAAUCGAGGUGUCGAACAAGGCGGCAAUGCCAACGACGCUGUCCAGCGUACGCAUCGACGAAAUGGUUGGUAACAAAGGGUCAACCAGGCAUUUGUUACAAGGCCAAACCCAAAAUCCUGAUCAAACCCAAGCACAGACACCAAUGCAAGCAGUUAAUUAUAAAUUUCCCGAAAUGUCACAAGAAGAGGAGGCUGAUGAUGCCAGUGGCAUACAUUUCACAGCCGGCAAUGGCAAGGUACGACAAGGAUCCUCUCCCAGCCUCGCCAGCCUAAGUGGCACUUUGUCGCGUGUGAAUACAGUUGCCUCAGCGCUAAAGCGUUUUCUUAGUCGUGAAGAGCGUCCCGGCUCGACGACACCCGUCGAUGAGGGUACACAGAAAAAUCGUUUUCCCGGUAGUGCCAGUUCCGCCAGUCUUACCGGCAAUUUAAUUAUGAAACCACCCGGUAGUGUACGCAUCACCGAUCAGGUCAUCGAAGAAGUGGACGAACAAGCGACCAUCACGUCACAGCGCGCCAAUGAACAGGCACGUCCGAAUGUGCGCGACAUUUUCUUGCAGGAUCUCAACAAUCAAGGUUCAUCGGUGGCAAGCAGUGUGCCACAACGUUCCAACCCGAUGGAUAUUCCGCCCAGACCGACUUCAUACAUGCGCACGCAGUCCACUUACGAGCCAAUGCUUUUCCCACCGGGCGGUGUGGAGGCUUUGUUGAGCUCAUCAGCGCCAACGAAUGGCAGUCCACUCAUUUCCCAGACGGUUCCGAAUACGCCAGUGGGGGAUCCAUCGAGCACCAAGUCACUUUUCGAUCAGCAAUUAAAUGCGCUGAAGGACAGCCGCGAAACGGAACGUCCCGCCGAAAUGCAGCAGGUUUUCAGAUGGUUUUUAUCGACUGUCGAUGACAUGGAAAUCAAAUCGACAACAGAUGCGCCAGGCGCUGAGGAUGAGGGCGACGAUUUCGACAAAUUGAAAGCCACGCGCGAAAAGGAACGUUUCCAGCGUCAACAACAGAAGAUGGCGCGUACAAUUAGUACAGCACCCGGCGUAGAGGGUGGACCCACGGUUGUGCCUGUAGUAGCGGCUGCAAUAAUUCCGGCUACUGUUAUGCCCACGCCGGCCGCACCAGCACCAGCGCCAGCGCAACCACCGUCCGAUGUACCAGCCAGUGCAGAUCAAUUGACAAAUAACGCGGCGAACGCAAGUGCGGAACCACUCACAACCUCAGCGGCAACAGCUUCACCGGAUGCAAAAGAGGCUAACACUUAAAUGUGACUUAGUGAGGGAACAAAUUUCGUUCAUAGAAGGGGUCGUUUUAUAAUGUAGGCAAAAAAAGUGUAGUUUGUAUUCUUUUUUUUUUCGUCUUUUAUACAGAUUUAAGUAGCUAACUUUGCGCUAAAUUUGUUUAUAGAUUUUUUAAUAUGCUCAUUUAUCAGCGUUAUCGAAUUUGCAACAAUUAAGAUUAAGGUAUCUUAAAUCCCGAAAGUAGGUAAGUGGCAAAGUGUAGCGUACUUGAGAGCAAAGUAGAGCGUAGCAUACUUUUGAGUGCAAUGUAAACUAACAGAAGCCAUGUACGGGCGGACAUAAAUAAGUAUUUCAGCUGGCAAUGCAUAUCUGAAAAUGGAUUUUGUUUUGUCUUUUAGUAUUUUCUUCUUGUAUUCUUUUUUUGUAUUUUUUUCAUAUUUUUGUUUUGUAUUUUUUCAUAUUUUUUUGUAUUUUUUGUUUCCUUUUUUUGUCUGUUUUUUGUAUAAGCAAAUACAAAUAAUGCGAGUGAGAAAUGUGACUUAUCUGUUCCAAUACUAUAUGCGUAUGUAUGUAUGUGCAGUCGUCAACGUCAAAAAAGUGUACACCAUAUAUCGACAAGUUUUGUCUACUUAUUUAUUUAUUUAUUUUUUAAUUUUCAUUAAUUUUAUAAUUAUAAAAAUAUAUUUCAUACUACUAUAAAAACCAUAUAAUGCGAAGUGUCAAACUUUGCACAAAAUUUAAAAAAAUCGGCACAUUUUCAUCAAAUUUUAAACUUUUUAGAAUUUCUAAAAAAAUGUCAAGUAUU